AUGCCAAACCCACCACUCCAAGCCCCAGACCACCCCAUCGCGCUCCGCCGCUCGCACCUCCUUGCCCCCGCUCCAGACAGAUUAACCAACACCCCCACAACUCUCCGCAUAACCCGCGAGAACACGGUCUCUGGUCGCGACUUCAGCGUCCACCAACUACGCACCCAUGAAGAACUCUCCAGCCCAAGGCGCCACGCCCUCCUCUUUACCGUCUCCGGUCGCUUCUGGAGUAACUCCCAGCUACGCGAGAUCCGCGAUGCAAGCGGGCGUCCCUUGCUUGAACUGCGCCGCCUCUGGUGGAAAGGCCAGUGGUCCGUCCGUCGGGCAGGCGGGUCAGGAGAGGACUUACUCCUCGCAGAAAUGCGAUGGGGAAUAGGAAUGAAGAUGGGGAUACGAUUUGACAAUGCGCUGCUGCGCGGCGCAUGGGAUCGAGAAGAGAUUGCGGAGAUGAAUAUGACACUGAAUCGCAAUCGUAGCCACAAUCGCAGUCUCAGCCUUGGUAGUCCUUACAGUCGACGUGGUGAACUGCGCCAGUUAAGCGCCAGCCGUGCUCGUCGGCAACCGCAGCCGGAUCCUGUAUCGGGUGAUAGCUCUAAUCUGCCGAGUUAUGAGCAUGCGGAUCACGGAUCGCCGCCGCCGUAUAGUAUUGUUAUGGCUGAGGACCACGCGCAACAGAGUAGCAGUGGAAGUGGUGGGGGCGGAGGUAGCGGUGGGAGUGGGACUGAGAGUGACGAUUCCAUGUCAGAUGAGGAUGAGAAGGCGGGUAUGCACGAUUGCCCGCUUCCUUCGUAUGACUCUGUGCGACGCAUGCGCCGGUUCUCGAGUCAUUCGUUGCGGGAUCUGCUUGAUGCCAUUGAGCCACCUGGAGAGCCGGCCCCCGCGUCCUCGUCUUCCUUGUCAUCGCCCAGACCGCGCUCGGAAGGUGCCAUCGAUACCAAGGUAGAGCUCAAGCUCGUUCAGCAGAGUAGUACCUUUGCGGCGGUGAUGAUGGGGGAGAAGAGGAUCAUCCAUGUUCGUCGGGAGAAGGUUAUGGAUUAUAACAUGUCAGGGCCGGUCCCGAAAUGGGAGGUGGAGGUUGCCGAGGGGGUGGAUCUGUUGCUGGCGACAAGCAUUGUCCUCAUUUUGGCAGAGUCUGUGAAGCAUGAGUAUCGAAUGAGGACGAACUAG